AUGCAGCUCAGCGUUCCGCUGCACAUUGUCGUCGUGUGUCUCGCGUUAGCCUUUCUGCUCCCGUCCCACGCCGCGGCGACGGCGACGGCCCCAGCCGGCACGGUACAGCGUGAGACCAAGCAGCAGAUCCUGGCGAGCAUCCCGCCGCACUGGGACGAGAACCCCGUGCUGUUCCUCACGUCGCCGUCGGGGAAGUACGCGGCGUACUUCAUGCGCACCCAGACCACGCCGGGCGCCGGGGGCCUAGGCGCCGACUUCUGCUACGUCGAGGUGCUCGACACGACGGCGCCGGGCGCCGAGGGCCGGAGCGUGUGGGAGUCGGAGUGCAUGGCGGUGAGCACCGUGAACAAGUGCGCGCUCGUGUUCUCGUGGAACGGGCUGGAGGUGUUCGACGGGAGCACCUCGGUGUGGCACACCCACGACGCGCAGUCCGACGACCACAACUUCCUGCAGACGCUGCAGCUGGUGGACCAGGGCGACAUGCGCAUCCUCGACAAGGGAGGCGAGCUGGCGUGGAAGGCCAGCGACGAGCCGCGCGCCGCGCAGCACUGCGGGAUGCCCGGCUCGCCCGGCCUGGCCUCCGCUCUGCCCCCGUUCGCCGAGCCGAUCGGGCACGGGAGCAGCGACCUGCCGUUUGGACAGGGAGACGGUUAUGGCAACGGCGUCGGAGCCGGAGCCGGAGUUGGAGCUGGCGGCGUGGCGCAACCCGAGGCACCGCUUGCGACGCCAUUGCCGCAGCCCGAGUUGCCACUGGCGCCGCUGCCUCAGGAAGCGGAUCAGUUCGGUGGCGCCGCCGCCGCCGCGGGGCAGGGACAGGCCGUGCAGGAUGUGGGGCAGACGUUCGGAUUCGGCAACCAGCCGCUGGUGGACAACAGCCCGUACGAUAGUGGGGCACCGAAGCAUGGAUGCAGCCUCGUUGGGACCUCAGUUGCUUUGGGGCUCACCGUUGCCGUCGCCAUGAUGGGUCUGGGCCUCUGA